ACCAGCCCACUGUUUUUCCAUUGACGGGGGGUUAUCGCUGCCCUGAGCACAGGGCAAUGCUGCCCAUCAGCCAGGAGUACUGUGCCCGUGCCUCCAGCCUGCCCCUUCCUCCCCGCUGACUCCAGCCCCAUGCCUGGAGCAGCAUGGCGUGUGCAUUGCAGUGGAGGCUCUGCACCCAGAGUGCCCUGCUUCAGGCUGGGGCACCUGCUCUCAACUGACAGGCCAAAGCACGAGGGGGCUCUUGGAUGGGCAGAAGGACUCAGAUGUGGAAUCCCGUUAGGGAGCGAUCUGUUAGCAGGGACACCUGCCCCCAUGGAAACAGGAUGCUGCAAGCAGCUGCUCUCUGAGCAGAAACAGAAACCAGCGUUCCAGCCUCCUCUCCAGCACUUGCGCAUGUCACAGGAAACGUGAACGGGUCGUGGCUCCGAGGCCCCAGCCAGCUCCCUCCUGUCACACACCUCACACUCAGCAAUAAGCUGCGCAGAAGUUUCUAGUACCAGAGGACAGUGGCACCUAGGAGAGAGACACGGGCCUGCUGCCAGGGGAGUUCUGAGCAGCAUAAUCCAGCAGCUGGGAGAGCCUGCAGUGGUGGGCUCUGCACUGCACAGGGGAACCACCAGCUGGGAGUGCCUGCAGUGGUGGGCUCUGCCCUGCACAGGGGAACCACCCGCUGGGAGUGCCUGCAGUGGUGGGCUCUGCCCUGCACAGGGGAACCACCAGCUGGGAGCGCCUGCAGUGGUGGGCUCAGAGGAGUCCUAGUGCCUCCCUGUGUGCAGGUGGAUUUUGCCCAGCACUGGAGUGACUCCUGCCCUAGGCAGCCUGCCGCAGCAGGAGGGACGACACUGCAGACUCUGCACUGCAUCUGCCAAGCUCUGAGGAGCCCCAUAGCAUCUUCGUUGAGAUGAGAGUCAACUUUCUCUCCCUGCUGCAGAAGGUCAGAGCUGUUUGCUGAGGCCCCGCUGGUGCCCGGGAGUGAUGGGAAGUUUGCCCAGCAGGAGCAAGCAGCUUGUCAUUCAGCCCAGCCCAGCUGCUGCCAUGCAGGCCACUGCCCCCGUGCAGACAGGUCUGAACAGCUACGUGGCAGUUGCCUUGUGCUCUUUCCCCGCGGGUGGGGAGGCAGAGACGGUCCUGCGACCAGGCGAGCAGCUGAACGUCCUAUCUGAGGAUGGGGAAUGGUGGAACGUGGUGUCGCUAGCCACCGGCAAGGAGUGUUCAGUCCCCAGCAGCCACGUGGCGAAGGUGUGGCACAGGUGGCUGUACGAGGGCGUUAGCCGGGAGAAAGCCGAGGAGCUGCUGCUUCUGCCGUGCAACCGCAGCGGUUCCUUCCUGAUCCGAGAGAGCCAGACCAGGCAAGGCUGCUACUCCUUGUCGGUCAGGCGCACCAACCACUCCUCCUGGGACUCCAUCAAACACUAUCGCAUCAACCGCCUGGAGAACGGCUGGCUCUACAUCGCCCCACGCCUCACCUUCCCCAGCCUGCAGGAGCUGGUGGACUAUUACUCCGAAAUCGGGGAUGGGUUGUGCUGCCUCCUCAAGGAGCCGUGCUUCAUCCAAGGAGCAGUUCGAGUCCCAGCCCAGAACCUGGCCCCACCUGUGAUCGUCAAGAAAUCGGCUCUCAACUGGCAGGAGCUCGACAGCUCGGCCCUGUUUUCGGAGGCUCCACCCCCAGAAGGGGAGUCCCCUGUCAGCCUGGGCCUGCGGGAAGCCAUCAGCUCCUACCUCUUUCUGACGGAAGAGCUGCCCCCGGAGAAGGGCGAGAAGGGCAGUCUGUGGAAGAGUGCCUGAGGGUGCCGUACCCAGCACAUGGCGCCAGGGACCGCGGGGCUGCAGUCUCAGCCAACCAAGCUGCUUCCCCAGCCCCUGGACUUUUACCGCACACCCCCCACCCCCACCAUAUAAAUUAUUGGCCUGAUGCAAAGUAAUUUAUUGCAGCUGCGCUGCUCUGAGCUGUCCCCCCCGGCUGGCCUUGUCUCAUGCUUGAACCCAGCUGGGUGGCUGGUUGGGUGGGGAGGUCCUGGUGCUUUGGGCCUGACUCGAGCCCAGCUGGACCUGGAUCCACCGCUCGCCGCAAGGAACCCAGCACCUGCUGCUCGGAGUCCCUCUCUCACCUCCAGUGCUGGCAGCGUUGGCUGAGUAAGCUGCUGCCUGGAAAUCCCAGCACACAAACAGCCUCUGAGGACACCUUAUUGGCCCAGUGGCCAGAUGGAAAGGACUUGCUAGAAAGAGGAGUUUUGGGUGAAUUAUAAUGCACAGAGGCCCUGCUAUGUGCUGUGUGUAAGAGAGUUCGAUGCCAGUGCACGUGACGGUCUGACUGACUGGCCUUGCCUAACACUGAAUAUAACAGACAGAGACGGGGCAGAAUCAGCCUGCACCCCUCAGUCCAGACUUGCAUGGUCCAUACACAGCUCUGCCAGACUCACGGCCCCUCCGAGCACCAGCAACGGCUAGAGAGCUGGGGCCAUCGCCAACUGCAGGCUCCCGUGUGUCUGAUGUCAGCCUGUCAUCGUGGGCCUGCAGCAGCGAAAGCCGAGUGCCUCUCCGCACAUGCUGCAAAGACAAGCUCCCCUCAAGACAGGCCAUGCAGCCCUGUAAGACACUGGCCCGGCCCAAACGGUUCAUAAAGGGGCCAUGAGCCUGAGGCCAGGAAAUGGCCCCCAAUUACUGGGCUGUAGCUGUCAACUGAAAUAAAAU